GCUCGCAAUCAUCUCCUCUAAUCCCUCGAUAGCAUUAAACGCGGGCCCUGCCCGAGCUCUGCUUCCCACCCGAGUCGCCUCGCCGCCAGCUCGCUCACCAGAUCCCCUGCUCCUCCGCCGUAUCACCGCGACUCCUCCAGCCAACGACGCCUCUCCGCUCCGCGACCACCCCGGCCACCGACGCCUCUCCGCUCCGCCUCAUCAGCCCGCUCCAUCCGCCUCGCGCACCUCCAGCUUCGCCUCACAUCGGUGGACCGCAGCACCGAGCCUCCUGCCCCAUUGUUCCUCACUCGAGCCUCCCCGCCGAGCAGCAUGGCUACCACCUAGUCCACUCCACCGACGCUUUCUCGUUCGAUUCCGCGGAGUUUUUUCAGUCGUUGGGCUAUCCCAUCUACUGAUUCGGCUGCAUCCCCAUCGAUUUGGAUCGACCGGCCUGAGUAUUGGCCAUUGGAUUUCUAAAUUGCGGCUGUAUUUUUGAAGCUCCCCAACCUGAAUCAAAGGUGACACUCAACAAUGACUAAAAAGGAGUUGAUCAUGCUGCAGAGUCGACAUUCAGCUGGUAGGUUACAUGAUAUUGUCAAGGGUCUCCCACAGAGAAGGAAAGACCUCAUUUGCACAAACAAAAUGGGGUAAUCUACUUAAUAUUAGCAAAUUCUCAGCUCCAGAGGGUCUCCUAGAAUGGAUCGUUGACCGGAUUGACCCGAAGCUAGGUGAAUUUCGGAAUCCACGAAACAAUAACAGCAUUCUAUUCACUCGACAAAUGGUUGAAAAGGCUCUCGGGCUUCCGUCUGGUACUAGGCCGGUGGUUAUCAUAAGCAAGCAUGAAGAAUCACCUCACCGAGAAUUCUACAAAACGGACUAUGAGCAUGGGAGACGGGCGCCCAUUCACCAUGCUGCAACCAUGCUAGAAAACGGCAAUGAUCUAGAUGAUGAGACCUUCUUCAGGACAUUCUUUCUAGUAGCAUUGGCUACUCAUUUUACACCCGGAACUGGAAAUAUGAUUCCUUUGGAAUAUUUAGGCAGCCUUGAAGUUGCUUCCGAGGUUUGCGAGUAUGCAUGGGGAGAGCAAAUUCUCAAAGAUGUCAUGACUGAGGUCGAUACAUUCCAAAAGAAGAAGAAGAAAGCACUACUAGAUGGUGUCUUCAAAAAAAUCUGGGUCGGCAGCUGCCUAUCCGUGCUCGCGAUUAUAUACAUGGACCAUCUUGACUUUCCUGAAUCAUCUUUGUCGACGCAUCGCAUAAAUUACUCACUUCCCAGAUCAUCCCAUGUAACCGAUGCCGACUUCGAAUUUGUCAUGCUCGCUGAUAAAAGUAGACUGAGCCUCAACCCAUAUAUUUAUGGCGCACGACCGUUUCGUGCACCCGAGGCAACCCCAUAUGCCGUUGUAGCGCCAAUCUACCAACAGCAAUCUACUCAACAGCCAAAUGUUCAACAAACAGAUAAUGAUUCUACCAACCAUCCAGCAGAGGACAUGCAUCACCAGGUCCCUACAUUACCUACCAAUCAAUCUGAGGAACUACCAGCGUUCAUACUUCCAAUUUUGCGAACGCAUAAUGCAAAAUGGGCACUUGAUAUUUCAAAAGCCACAUCACGACUCAACAAACUGCACGCAAAGCGCAUGAACGAGUUUGCACAAGAUGUCAUUGCUGCCUCAAGAAUUCAUACUCCAACAACACCUACUUAUUCCUCGCCUGAUAGGGUAGGCCAAGACUCAUAUACUGAAAAUGCUCAAGAACAUGGGACCAAAGCUACACCCAACACCAAGUUUUGGCAGGAAGCAGCUGCAUAUGCCGAAGAGGUUGAGAAAAGUGUUUGAAAAACACCUCGUAAUAACCAGGAUGUUGCUUCUACAUCAGCUCCUGCGACGAACCAAUCCACCGGAGAGGAAGAUACAAGGCGGAGGAUUCUUGAUACGUACGAAGAUGCAAGUUUCAGCUUUCUACCUCCAGGUCAAACUUGGACCCAAGUAUGGUCCGAACCUGCUUCGUCGCCACAUCAUCCACAUACUGCCGAUGCCGCUACUGCAGUUGGACAAUCCUCAGCUCCAGAAAAUGCAGGACCAACAACCAUGUCAACAGUGGACGCAAACUUGGUGCACAUCAGUCACGGGACAUCCCCUGUACAAUCGCCACCACCAAAAUCACCAACCCAUCUCAACCAGGAAAAUGGAACCAAAGCACCUAGCAUCAUCCAUAUCGUGACCGAGGUACAACAACCCACCGUGAGGGAUAUCCCUGAAACUAUUGGCACCCAAACUCAGGAAAAGAAAAAUAGGAAGAAGCGAGCUUGUCUUCGAAAAACCGAGGACACAAGGUUGAAGAAGCUCAAGGUUAACAUUUCCUCAAUUCAAAUAUACACUAAGUACAUUACCACCAGAUGUGUGAGACCUCCGACAAAAAAGGAAAACAGGGCUCCUUUUGUUGAUUACCAGGGGUAUCACAUAUCAUAUGAAGAUUUCCGCGAGGCAAUGAAACCACGCGGGUUCGUUGACACCGAUACAAUGGAGCUCUACAUUCGACAAUUCAACCUUGAACAAUCAAUUUAGACUUGUGGCUCCGCUCUUCCAACCAAAUAUGCAUUCUCACAAUCUUUGACCGCUAAACUACUGGUUCCCGAGGACAAAUUCAUUGCAUCCAAGUGCCUUCGUGAAUUCAACACUGCAUACCAAGAUGGCUCCCUCAAGUCAAAGGAUCUCAUAUGCCUCCUUACAUUUUUAUUGAAUGUUGUCGAUUAACAAUAAAUGUUCAAAUCUGACCACUCACAUGGCUCUGACCAUGAUAAUUUGCAGCUAUACUUCGCCAUCCCCCAAAAAGAACAUUGGAUCGUGUGCUGCAUCAACCUUCUGUACAAACAGAUCAACAUAUUUGACUCAGGCAGAAAGCUCAAGAAUGACGAGGCAUACGAGAUAUCCAACAAUCUGGUUAGCAAUUUUGUGACACUUGCGGCACAUGCUAAAGCUUUCACAAAGUUGGAUUUCAUGAAGUUCACGUGUUUCAACCCUCCGGAAUGCCCCCAACAGAAAACACACUAUGAUUGUGGAAUAUUCGCAAUGCUCUUCAUGAAGCAAUGGGAUGGGAAGAAAAUGGCAGAAUUUAGCAAGGACACUUAUGACCAUCGCGCGCUUAUCACAGAAGAAAUCCUCACUUCACAACUCAACACUCAAGAUCCAAGCUGGGUACUGAAGAAGAAAUGAGAAGCCUGCAUAGUCGUGUUCAAGAAAAUAAAAAUCCGUGCUUGAGAAGCCAUCCUAGAAGCGUACAAGAGAAUAAAAGACGGCGCUUCUAUCAACUAUGUGCUUCGAUUUUUUCUGUGUAAUUUUUAGCUUGUUUUUUCUAAGACACUACUUUUCAGUAACCAUCAGACCAGUGUCAUGUUUGUGUUCUUAACUGAUUGGGUUUCCGAUCAUCGGUUACCCUACCACAUUUUACCUGUUUUGUGGAUCAAUCUCUUAUUCAGAAUUACUUACAAAGAAAUUUACCCAAGUUGUACAUUUUUUUUGUUCAA